AUGGAGCCGCUUUCAGUUGACCAAGAGCCGCUUUCAGUUGAUGACCAAGAGCCGCCUUCAGUUGACCAAGAGUCGCUUUCAGUUGAUGACAAAGUGCCGCUUUCAGUUGACCAAUUUCUUGGUCUCAACCAGCAUGACCUCGCCCUGUUUGUGAAGGACAAUCUCACCGACCAAGACGGCGCUCUGCGUAUCUCGAACAUCUCGGACUGGACAGAUAAAACCGUCGCACCCUCUGUUGACCCCCUCCAACUCGCUACACUGCUGGCCCGAGUACUCUCCUCCAGGUCCUCGACUGUCCCGCCUCUCGAAGACGAGGAGUACCAGGCCAGGUGCUACCAAGCCCUCCUCGAUGACGGUUGCAGGCCGCUCUUCCCCCUCAGUCUCCUACCGCAAGUCUCGACAGAUCCGGACGCAUAUCGCGAUAUGUUGCGACCGUGGGCGGAAUAUCCCGACACACCGAAUCCGCACAAUUGGGUGUUCUUCAGACAGCUGCGCCGCUGGAAGGAAUAUCGCGCUUGGCAACUGGUCAACAGGCGGCAGACUGUCGGGUUCUCCGAAUAUCUCGAUGACAAGCGGCGCGAGCUUGAAAUGAUGGGGGAGUACAAGGUCAUAGCCAAGCCGAAUUUCGAGCAG